CGCCUCCUCUCUCCUCUCCUUCCGUUGGCUUGCCACAAGGCCAAAACGCAUCGUGUUCCCGUCCCACCUCCACCACCACCACCGUGUUGGUGUCCCCCCUUGUUGCCAAUUCUCAACUCCCCGCACGCCACCGCCCGUCGCCUCGCCGGCAUCCAAUCCCCACCCCCAUCCCGAUCCCUUCCUGCCUCCCCUCCCGUCCCCUCCUCCCGGCAGGAUCCCGCCAUGAAGAUCACGGCGCUGCUGGUGCUCAAAUCCCCCGGCGAUUCCUCUUCGUCCUCCGGAGGUGGGGAGCAGCAGGCCGUCGUGCUGGCCAACGCCUCCGACGUCAGCCACUUCGGCUACUUCCAGCGCCCCGCCGCCCGCGAGUUCAUCGUCUUCGUCGCCCGCACCGUCGCCCUCCGCACCCCCGCCGGCCGCCGCCAGUCCGUCCAGCACGAAGAGUACAAGGUGCAUUGCUACAACCAGAAUGGCCUCUGCGCCAUCGCCUUCACCGACGACCAUUACCCCGUCAGAAGCGCCUUCUCCCUCCUCAACAUGGUGCUUGAAGAGUACCAAAAGACCUUUGGAGAGUCAUGGAGGACAACCAAAGAGGAUGCAACCCAACCUUGGCAAUUUUUGAAUGAUGCCCUAACAAAAUACCAGGAUCCAGCAGAGGCUGACAAGUUGUUGAAAAUUCAGAGGGACUUGGAUGAAACAAAGAUUAUUCUGCAUAAAACCAUUGAUAGUGUGCUUGCCAGAGGUGAAAGGUUGGAUAGCCUAGUGGAGAAGAGUUCAGAUCUAAGUGCUGCCUCACAGAUGUUCUACAAGCAGGCCAAGAAAACCAACUCUUGUUGUGCCAUCCUGUAAGGAAGAUGUGCAUCGGAAGGCAGUGGUGUUGUGUUUAGUGGUGCCAAGACGAGAUAUUAUGCCAUUUGAUUUGCUUUCGUAUCUGACACUGGCAUAAGCAUGCUCGUUCUUGCCAAUUGUUAAAACAAGUUAAGCUAACUUAUUCCACAAGUUUGCACACAUUUGUGAUUCUUUGUAAGUAACAUAAACGUGGCCAGGUUGUUAUUGUGAUGGGAGCUAGCUGUGUUUGCCUUU